CCCUUCGAUCGUUCUUUCAACAAAAGAGAUUGUAGGUAACUGACUCUUUUCAUUAGGCCAUCCUAGUCUACUGGUACUUUCUGAGAACAAAAUGUCUUAUGUUAAGUAGGCCUAAUUUCAAUUCAAAGUAACUUCUUGGCCGUUUCUCCUCACUUAGUCCCGCACUUGAAAUUUUGUGUUAGCAAAAACUAGCUUUGUCAUGUUUGUCGGCACUGUUUUGUCCACUCUAGGCGACACCCCAAUACUUACCCGUGCUAAUAAACUGGGACUCCACUCACGCGCGUUUGGGCCUCCCUAGCUUAGAACUAAGCACUAAUAUCACCUUAAAAACUAAAUCUACAAGGAUUAGAUAUCACCAUGGCCAAUGCUUUCACAAAGGUGCUCAGAUUUUGGAUCUUCUUGGUUGGUUUCAUGGCAGUAGGAAGUGCAAUGCAGGCCUUCAUGGAAAGUUCUUUUCUUGCAACACGGAUGUACACACAGGCUCAAGAGAUGGUGAAUGCUGUUUUGGGACGAUUAUUUGGAACUUGGACUUUGCUUGCCGGGGCAGUAAGAAUGAUGUGUUCUUAUGACAUCAGGAAUAGAGCGGUGUAUGACUUGACUCUGUUCUCAUUCAUUCUAGCAUUCAUACACUUUACUACUGAGUAUCUUGUAUUUGAGACAGUUGAGCUUAGCUUUGGUAUUGUAUCUCCUCUGGUAAUAUCAGGUGUUUCUAUCAUUAUGAUGCUACAAGGAUAUUACUUUGUGUUUGAAGAUGAGGAUGUACCAACCCCAACAGAAUCUAAAAAGAAGAAAUAAGUGUCAAGGCUGCAUCAAGCUUCCAUUCAAUAUAUAUUUUAUUUUAAUUCAGGCGAAGGUUAACUGCUUGUGAUGAACAAUGAUAUACUAGUAUCUCCAAGUGAAUGUCACUUAACUUUGUAAUACUAUAAACAAAAAAGAAUGCCCGAGUCUUUGUUUUUUUUUUGUGUACUGGUUGCCUGAGGCUACUUUUCUGCCGAGACUGAUGCGAUAAAGAAUUAAUGAAUACAGUGUCACUAUAGACUGAAAAAUUACCAAACUACUGGUAAACUUCUUAUCUAUAUACAAUAUUAAAACUUUUGCAUGAUAUUGAAUUUAUAACUGUUAAUCAAUCAAGUAGAACUAUGAAAAUAAGAUAACUGAGCAUUAUUUCAAAAUUACUUGCUUGAAUUUAUCAGCCUGUAAUGUUAUGGGUGCAGUCAUAUAUAUUCUGUUUGUUUGCAACUCAUAAUUACUCCGCUGGAAUUAGAGUGAUAUCUCAUAGUGCCAUUUCAGGGUGAAAAGUGAAGUAGUAGUACUUGUAGCUGUAAACAAAUGAUGUCGUAGCCUUAUGAGCUGAUGAAUUCAAGCUAGAAAAUUUAGAAUUUAUGCAUGGUAAUCUAUUUUCCAUAGUCCUACUUGGUAAAUAAUAUUGUAUGAAAUUUUCAGGAAAUUUAGUUCUCGAAGUGGUCAGUCUUUCUUUGAAUUUUAUUGCUCCACCAGCUGCAACAAUGACCAGCAGAGUUGACUGGGUAGUGUUGGACUAGUAGCUCUGACUCAGGGAACUUGUCUUCAAUGCAAUCUUUUUAGUGAGUACAUUUCUGAUUACCAAAAUAUUGAUUAGUAUUAGUUUUUUGUGAGUUUUGUCCAAAAUAUUUCAGAAAUAUUUCUGGAUUUUUGACAAAACUCACUAAAAAGAUUGCAUCUUACUUCUGCUUUUAAACACAUUUUUAUCUAAAAGUGCAUAUUGCAUCAGUAAAAAUGUAGAAGUUAUUACACAUUCCAGGUUUUACUCAUAUACAAGGCCUACUAUAAAAGUGUUCAGUCAAUUCAUAUACAUGUAUGAGAAAUUAACAUCAUGUAUGAUGUGUGUAUUCAAACUACCUUGCAGUAUUGUGUACUUUUAUUCUGAAAAAAAAAAGGAGAAAUAUAUGACACCAGACCUGUCUACAAGGUAACUUGCCACUUGGUUAAUGGUAUUUACCCACUUGGUCUAAUUCUAAUCCGAGUUCAUCUAAUAUAUGUUUUGUCAAAUUGCCAUUUAACCAUUUUAUCAGUUUGUCUAAUUUCCAGUUAGGCUAUACCCACUUUGUCUAUUAUCCACUAGGUCUAAUUUAUGAGAUGAACUGUUUAUGAACUAAUUUUCAAUUUUGACAAAGUGCAAAUGUUGAGUAGACAAAAUGGAAUUAUACCAUCUUAGCAUUAAACCAAACGUGUAUUAGAUCAAGUUAUAGUUGGACCAAAUGGUAAUUAGGCUGAAUUGAUAGUAGACAAAGAGGGUUUAUCUAUGAUGAUGUAAGAUGGUCUGAUAAUGAGACCAUCUGCUUGUAGACAAAGUAGAUGCAAACCAUCUACAACUUAAAAUUAUCCUUUUGACCCACAAAAUCUGUAAGUUUCCAGGAGUUUUUUAUGUCUUUAUAUUGAGUGAUGCUAAUUUCUACAUUUUGAUAAUAAAAUAUAUUGAAGUUAAAGUUCA